AUGAGGAGAAUUGCAAAAGAACCUAUUUUAGAAGAUCAAUUGAAAUCAAUGGGGGUACAAAUGUGGCACCCAGAUUUCAAGCCUGAAGAAGACUCACUAAUGGCUCCUAUUUGGGUACUUCUGCCUAAACUUCCUUUUCACUGUCACACAUGGCACUAUGUAAAACAAAUUCUAUCUCCAAUAGGAAUCCCUCUUAUUAUGGAUAAUGCUACAACCAAUAGGACUCGACCAAGUAUGGCUAAGGUCCGAGUAGAAGUUGAUUUGACUAAGCCUCGCAUAGAUAAAAUAUGGGUAGGUUUAGAGGAUGAAUCCUAUCCUCUCAAAGGUUUUUAUCAAAAAGUUGAAUAUGAAAGUGUUCCUAAGUUUUGUACUCAUUGCAAAAAACUAGGACACUCUUUAGUUCAAUGCAGAUUUGCAAAGAAGAAAAAUGAUGAUAAUAAGAAUGAAAUGAUCCAGGAAGGUGUUGAUCAAGCUGUGACUAGUGAGAAUAAUGACAGUGAGGAGAAAGAAAAAGUGGAAAAGAAAAAUGACACUAAACAGGUUGAGGAAAAAGCUGUAGAAAUACAUGCUAAUAAGACCAAAGGAGAAAAACAAAGGGAGAAGAGAAAGCAAAGAAGGAGAAGAAAUGCUCUUAAAGUUGUUAGAAACAAAGGCCAAGAAGGAAUUAAAAACAAGGAAAAGAAGCAGUUGAAAAAUGGAGAAAAGGAGAAACAAAAUCAGGUCAAUAAUGAUAAUAUUGAUCAUGAUACCAAUCAACUCCUUAAUAAAGACACUGUCUCUGCUAAUGAAGUUGAAAAUCAGGAAAGAGAUGUCAAUCAGGAAAAGAACUCUCUAGGGGAGGAUAACAACAUAUCAGAGGAACAUCAAGAAAUACCUAAAGAAAAUCAGAUUCACAAAACUGGGGUAGUGAUCACCACCAAUGACAAGGAGGAGAGCAGUAACAAAGAUUUAAGUGUGCCCCAUCAAUCCCCACUCAAGACUCAUAAUGUGUUUGAGAGUAUAGCUGAUGACACCGGGCAGUUUGAAGAAGAGGAAGAACAGGGGUAA